GGGAGUAUUCGGACUGCGGUGGCGGCGGCGGCGGCGGCGGUGACGGUUGGGUUUGGCCGCAUCCGGGCUUUCGUAGUGCUGAGAUCGGGUCUGUCCAUAUACCCAGCUUCUGGCCUGCGCCGUGUCCCGUGGCUUGGCGCGGCGCGGCGCGUGGUUAGCAGCUCCAUCUUCCCUCCCCAGUCCGGGCGGAGCCGCAGCGGUCUAUUCCGGCUCUGCCGGCAGAGAUCGGCAAGGAUGGAGAGGAGCCGGCCGCGCCGUCCCCACCAGCCGCACGGCCUGGCCGGAGCGCCCUCCUCCUCCUCCUCCUCGUCGUCGUCGUCGUCUUCGUCGUCCUCAUCGUCCUGCCGGGGUGGCCGAGACACCAAACCUCAGCGGCGUAAGGGACAAGCGUCGGGCCACGUACCUGCGGGCGAGCCCGGCGAGAAAAGAGCCAAGUUUCAUUUAAAUAUUAGGACACUGACUGAUGAUAUGUUGGACAAAUUUGCCAGCAUAAGGAUGCCAGGAAGUAAGAAAGAGAGACCUCCAUUACUUAAUCUGAAGCACACAUUUUCCUCAAGCACUGAUUGGCCUUCAACAUCCUCAGAUAUGAUGGAAAAUAAUCCUAGACUACUGUCGGAGAAAGAAAUCCUCACACUUUUUGAAAAAAUGAUGGAAGAUAUGAAUUUAAAUGAAGAUAAAAAGGCACCAUUGCGGGAAAAGGAUUUCACUAUCAAAAAAGAAAUGGUGAUGCAAUACAUGAAUACUGCUUCUAAGAUGGGAUGCCUCAAGAGUAAUCGACAAAUAUCACCACAGGAAUUCAUCCAUGAACUGAAAAUGGGAGCUGUAGAUGAAAGACUUGUCACAUGCUUAGAGUCCCUCCGGGUGUCUUUGACCAGUAACCCUGUCAGUUGGGUGGAAAACUUUGGACAUGAAGGUCUUGGGUUAUUGCUGGAUAUUUUGGAAAAACUGAUAAAUAGCAAAAUCCAGGAAAAAAUUGUGAAGAGGAGUCAACACAAAGUUAUACAGUGUUUGAAGGCUUUGAUGAACACGAAGUAUGGUUUGGAAAGAAUUAUGGGAGAAGAAAAGUGUCUGUCAUUAUUGGCGAAGGCCAUGGACCCUCAGCAAGCCAACAUGAUGGUGGAUGUUGUUAAACUUCUUUCUGCAAUAUGUAUUGUUGGAGAGGAAAAUGUUCUUGAAGAAGUUUUAGAAGCCUUAACUACAGCUGCAGAAGAGAAAAAAAUUGAUAGAUUUUCUUCGAUUGUAGAAGGUCUUCAGGAAAAUUCUGUUCAAUUGCAAGUAGCUUGUAUGCAACUCAUCAAUGCCCUUGUUACGUCUCCUGAUGAUUUAGAUUUCAGACUCCACAUCAGAAAUGAGUUUAUGCGCUGUGGAUUGAAACAAAUACUGCCUAAUUUGAAACAUAUAAAAAGUGAUAGUUUAGAUAUCCAACUUAAAGUGUUUGAUGAACAUAAAGAGGAAGAUUUUAUUGAAUUCUCUCAUCGUUUAGAAGAUAUUAAAGCUGAACUUGAUGAAGUGAAUGAGGUUUACAAUAUGUUGUGGAACAUGGUGAAAGAAACAAGAGCCGAAGGAUAUUUUCUUUCUAUACUUCAACAUCUUUUGCUUAUUAGAAAUGAUUAUUUUAUACGACCACAGUAUUUCAAAUUAAUUGAAGAAUGCAUAUCUCAGAUAGUAUUACACAGAGAUGGAACAGAUCCUGAUUUUACAUAUAGAAAAAAAUUAGAUGUUGACUUAAGAAAAUUUGUAGAUAUUUGUGUUGAUCAAGCAAAACUAGAAGAACUUGAAGAAAAAGCAUCAGAAUUUUCCAGAAAAUUUGAAAAAGAAUUUACAGUUCACCAAGAAACUCAGUCCCAAUUACAGAAAAAAGAAGAAAAGAUCACUGAACUCCAAGCAGAAUUACAGGCUUUUAAAUCCCAGUUUGGUGCUUUACCACCUGGUUCAAAAACCUUUUUGCCACAGUCAACAAGAGAUGUAACUGGUGAACAUUUACCUUCACCACCAUCCCUGCCAGUGGGUGGAGGUAUACCUUCAUUACCGCCACCGCCACCACCACCACCACCACCACCACCACCACCACCUCCACCCCCACUUCCAGGAAUGCCGAUGGCUUUUGGUGCACCUCUUCCCCCACCACUCCCUUCAGGAUUUCUUGGAGUACACCAAUCUCCUCCUCCGUUAACACUACCAUUUGGAUUGAAACCAAAAAAAGAAUUCAAACCUGAAACUACCAUGAAAAGACUGAACUGGUUAAAGAUCAGACCUCAUGAAAUGACUGAAAACUGUUUCUGGUUGAAGGCAAAUGAAAAUAAGUAUGAAAACACAGACUUGCUCUGUAAACUUGAAAACACAUUUUGCUGUCAAAGAAAAGAGAAAAAGGAGGCGGAGGACUUUGCAGAAAAGAGAACAAUAAAGAAACGAAUCAAAGAAUUGAAAGUUCUGGAUUCCAAAAUUGCCCAAAACCUUUCAAUCUUUCUGGGUUCUUUUCGUGUGCCUUAUGAAGAAAUAAAAAUAAUGAUAUUGGAAAUAGAUGAAACACAGUUGGCAGAGUCGAUGAUUCAGAACUUAAUAAAACACUUGCCAGAUCAGGAGCAGUUAAAUUCACUGUCUAAGUUCAAGAAUGAAUAUAAUAAUCUAUGUGAGCCAGAACAAUUUGCAGUUGUGAUGAGCACUGUGAAAAGACUACGACCACGUCUGACUGCCAUUCUAUUUAAACUUCAAUUUGAGGAGCAGGUGAACAGCCUCAAACCAGAUAUCAUGGCUGUCAGUACUGCAUGUGACCAGAUAAAGAAGAGUAAAAGUUUCAGCAAAUUAUUGGAACUUGUGUUGCUACUGGGAAACUACAUGAAUGCAGGCUCCCGGAAUGCCCAGACCUUUGGGUUCAACCUUAGCUCCCUUUGCAAAUUAAAAGACACAAAGUCAACAGAUCAGAAAACAACAUUGCUCCAUUUUCUAGCUGAAGUAUGUGAGGAAAAAUAUCCAGAUAUACUGAGUUUUGUUGAUGAUUUGGAACACAUAGACAAAGCUAGCAAAGUCUCUGUAGAAAACCUGGAGAAGAAUUUGAAACAGAUGGGGAGGCAACUUCAGCAGCUUGAGAAGGAUUUGGAUUCCUUUCCUUCCCCUGAGGACAAACAUGACAAGUUUCUAACAAAGAUGUCCAGUUUUGUGACCUCUGCAAAAGAUCAGUUCCAGAAACUUUCAAGAAUGCACGAAAACAUGGAAAAAUCAUACCAGUGCAUAAUGGGGUAUUAUGCUAUUGACAUGAAGAAAGUAUCUGUGGAGGAAUUUUUUACUGAUUUAAAUAACUUCAGGACUAUGUUCACGCAAGCAAUGAAGGAGAACACCAAACGAAAAGAAGCUGAGGAAAAAGAGAAACGUGCCAGGAUAGCUAAAGAAAUAGCAGAAAGAGAAAAAGCAGAACGUCAACAGAAAAAGAAACGCUUGAUAGAAAUGAAAACUGAGGGUGAUGAGACAGGAGUGAUGGACAGUUUGCUGGAGGCCUUGCAGUCAGGUGCCGCUUUCCGAGACCGAAGAAAAAGGACACCCAGACCUAAAGAUAUCCGACAGAGUCUCAGUCCAGUUUCACAGAGGCCUGUUCUGAAAGCUUGUAACCAUGAAAACCAGAAGAAGCAAUUGGUGGAAGGCUCCCAUUCCUAUCACAAACUCGGUAGCAACUCAACCAGGACUCCUGUUGUCAAGGAACUUGAUUAUAAUCAAGACACUCAUUCAUCCACUGUAAGGAUCAAGGAUUUGGGAAAGAAGGAGACCAGUAACAUAGGAAUCACCAAAGAAAAGGAAAUGGAGCUUCCUGGCUCUGUUUCUAAAACUGAAUCACUUCCUGAAGUGGAGGCCCUACUAGCAAGACUUCGAGCUUUAUAAAUUUACUUGAUAAAAACAAUUAAGCAAACUUUAAUGCCAUACUAUGCUUGGCUGUCACAUUUUAAAAGAUGCAUUACUUUUGUAACUGGCAUUAUGUAGCUAUGCAUUUCAAAUUAACUCACAAUUUUAUCUAAAAUUCAUUCUUGUAAUGCUUUUACUGUAUUUUUGAGAUCCUGUGCAAAACUUUAAUGGGCUUAAUGCUUUUUUUGUUGACAAUCCAUUCUACUAUAGUUGGAAAUAGAGACUGAAUUAUAUAUAAUAUUCUAAUGAAUGGGUGGGUGACUACUUAAUUCAAUAAUGUUUUCUUUAAAAUAUAUAUAUGCCUACAGUUCUAAAUAAUUAUAUUCGGUUUGCUGUUUAUGACUAAUUCAAUGAAUCACAGAUCUCGCUAUACACAUGCAUGUAUGUCUGUAUUUAUAUGUGUCUAAAUUAUUCUGUAGUUAUGGUCUCCAUUCUAUCAUUGUAACAUCAGAAAUAUGAAACAGACAUGUAAAAUGACUAUUAGACACAUUAUAUAAUCAUUGCUGAAUUCAGAUUGAUUAGGUUCUUCAAAACAGUAAAGUAUAUUAAGCCCAUUUCAAAUGUAUGAAGAAUGUAUGACUUGUACACAAUGCAAAUGCAUUUAUAUAAAAAUGAAUAUAUUUUAUACCAGUUUUUGCUGCUGAAUUUCUAUAUGUGUUCUGGAUAACUGUUUUUGCUUUUAAUCAUGGCUGUGGUGCAAAAUUGUCAUUUUGUAGUUUCCCAACUGUGUAUUUUUUUUUUUUUUUGGAGGUCAUGAGCUAACAAUAUUGCAGAUUUUAUAAACAAUACAGUCACCAAUAACUUUUACAGGCAGGCUUUUUCCAAAAAUAUAUUACAUAAAAUAGGGGCAUUGCUGCUGUGAAUUUCUCAUCAGAAAAUAAACUUCUUGCACUAAAAGAAAAAAA